AUGAACAGCAACACAUGGACCCGCUUGCUUCAACAACCUCCACUUCCAGCUCAACGACAACAUUACUCAACUCUUGUUUCAGAUUCGACCACAAAACUUGCACAAUGCGUUGACGAUUUAUUGACGGUGCUCAAUGAUCGCGCCAAAGGAUUGACCGAAUGCGCCAACUUUGAUGCUGCCCUUUCCGAUGCGUCCACCAUGCAGCAGCUGUCGCCAUCGUCACCCCUUGGUUACUUGUGUGCAGGAAGCGUUUACAGCCAACAAGGACGACAACGUGAUGCAAUUGAUAUCUACAACCAAGGCCUCUCUAAAGUCAAUAAGGAUGAUCCUGGCUAUGACGAUUUACAACAAGCCAAGGCGGAUGCAGUGGAUCGUGACAAUAGACGUUUCGACCUAUUCAGUGAAUUGCUAUGCGACAAUGAUUUAGCACAACAACUCGUUCCCAUGUUGAUGGAUGAGAAACAAUGGAUCGAUACAGAGUACUUUUUGGUGUCCAACACAUGGCGUGAGAAAAUGAUGCGCGUCGUUGGCCAUGAUGAUGAAUGUCAUAUCGUGAUGAAUGGUAAUGAGGACCCACUCAACUCUCGAUUGGCUCGAUGUGCUACACGUACAAAGUCCCUCACUAUCAAGGUGUAUCGUGAUGAUUCUUGGCUGAGUCGUCUUUUGGAUCAUUUGGAUUUGCGUUCUUUGAAGACGAUUGAUAUACAAUCCAUGGAUGUGAGCAGCGUGACCCAAACAAUCUCAGCAUUAGACCGGAUCGGCAAACGUUUGACCCAUUUUACGGUGAACAUUGAAAAGGGAUGCCCAUUCGAUCUUGACGACAUUGUUCCUCGAUGCCCCAAUUUGCUCUAUUUAUCCGUCACCGAUGCUCCCACUUGUUUCAUAUCGUCCAUUCCAAAGAGAAGCAAGCUAAAGACGUUCAUUGUACACUGCCCAAAGGCCGGCAUGCACCAUAAGGCUCCUUAUUUAUUCUUGCAAUGUUUUCCUGCUCUUGAGAAACUGGUGAUCAGCCCUUGCUUUGAUAUUCCAAUCAUGUCCGAUAUUCGUCGUUUUUGCCCAUCGAUGCAACAGCUUCAAUUAGGCGUCCUCACCCAUGUUCGUGAAUCACAGCCAUCAGCAGGACGAGGAUUGAAAGAUCUUUGCAUUGAGAACAACCUUCAAAUGUACUACAACGCACAACAUGUCAGCAAUCUAUUGAAGAGUCAUUGCAAGACCUUGGAAACGCUUGACCUCAACCAAUGUCUUGGAGACAAUGUCAAUAAGAACAUCAAGUAUCCUCGUUUACGACGCCUUGUUCUCAACAAUGACAAUCCAUUUGAACCAUGCUUUGGAUGGUGGAUCCCGAAUCAAGCCCCAUUAUUGGAAGAGUUGGUGAUUUCAAGCACGGCUAUCAAUGACAUCCUCGAUACAAGAUCACCCAAUUUGAAGCGGCUUGUCAUGAAGAUAUCACGAUCAACGGAUAUGACACGCAUUUCUCAAUUGACUUCCUUUGCUGAGCGACAUGCAAAUGUGCAAACGCUUGAGAUCCAUUCUUAUAUCUUUUAUGACAUCCUCAACUUGGAUUUCUUUAUCCGCCGAUUUGAUCGACUCUCCAGCUUGGUGCUUGGUGCUGAUAAUAACUUUGAACAGCACUAUAUGGAUGAGGUGGUGGACAAGCUUGUACAAGGACGUACCCAUUUGAAACAGUUGACAAUGAACUUUAAGCAUGGCAUUUCCAAACAUGCCAUCGAGACCUUGGCAACAUUGAAACAUCUCGAAUCUCUCACUCUCCCUGUCAAUCGUUCUUCAGCAGCUGGUUUAGUCACCUUAGCCCAAUGCUCACACCUCAAGUACCUCAAAGUGCUCCCUGAUUUCCAACAUCCUGAUGACUUUACCUUGGAGCUCAAGCAACGCAGGCCUGACAUCGAUGUUGAGAUUGUGGAACACAAAGGCUAG